GACCCGGAUAUGGAACAAAUUCUCACAUCCGGGCGGGCAGAUUUCAAACAAACAAGAUGGAUCUGAUAGCUGCGCUGCAAUUCCUCAACCUGAACCAAGUCCCACAAGACUGGGUGGACGCCGUGUGGGACUUGGAGUUCACCGAGAGGCAACCACUGGACGCCAUGAUGGAGGAUGAGCUGGCAGUUGCUGGGGAGAAGUCCUUCAGAACCCUGUACCGCUGCCUGAUGGAGCAGGCGGCAGAACAGCAGCGGUCUUCCGGCCAGGAAGGGGUGUCUCAGGGUGUCUGGGUGGUCCUUGGAGACAGCGGAGUGUCUGUGAAGUCCCUGGUGGCGGUUCUGUCACACUUUAUUCUGACGGCAAAGGCCAAAGAGGGGGGUGUUCAGCAGAGGGUCUGUGGACUCUAUGCAGCAUCUGUCUACCUGCUGCUUCUGGGGGUCCCAGGAAGCAUCGCCAACAAGGUGUUCCAUGAGGUUCUGUUGGACACGUGUUCUGACUUGCCGUCCCACUGCUGGCCUCAGGAGCACGGCAGGAAGCGCAAGAAAGACGCCCUGAAAGCUUCCCAGGCUGACGGCAAGAGGUCCAAGCCUCAGAGGAGAGACGCCAUGGAGAUGGACUUAGAAGAGGAAGAGGAAGAAGAAGAGCAGCAUUUCUCUGGCCAGGACCUGAUGAAGAUCAGAGAUGCCAUUGCUCUCCUUGUCCAGAGUCUUCUCCGCUUGCUGCAGACGUUUCCCCUCAAAGACCGAACGCAGAGUGCCAGCAACUGCACACAGAUCUUCAGUAAACUGCUGUCCUUCGAGCCUGUCGUGGGGGAGCUAACCUUCUCCCCUCCACAGGACCUCAGCGAACUGAAGAGCAUCCCAGAAAUGGCCUUCUAUGGCUUGAAGCUGCUCUGCUCACCGAAGCAUGGAGACCAGAAAGAAUCCCUAAGGAGAGUCUUCUAUCGGCUGCUCUACGUCAUCCUGAUGAUGAAUAAAGUCCAUGGCAGGAAGCCUUCCCUCCUCGUCCCCAACCAGGCCGUCCUCAACACGCGGGACCAGGCCAUCCACUUCGUCUGUCAUCUGGUGGAGGAGCUGAAAGAUCUGGCUCUACCUUUGCUUCAGAUCCUCCUGCAGCACAUCUGCUUCCAGAUGGUGGAGAAGAGUGAGUAUCGCAGCCAUGGAGCCCAGGCUGUGGGGAUGUUGACGUCUCAGAUGGUCAGUGUGGACUACGCCUGCUUCAUUAAGUGGCUGUUCAGCUUCUCCAGUCAUUCAAAGAUGGUGCACCGGCUGUUCUCCGUGGACGUGGUGAUGGUGUUGUUGGCCCAGCCAGAGAGGAGCGUGGAGGACUGUCAGGACCCGGAGCUGGCCAGGUUCCUGCCUCAAAAGUUCCUGAUCCAGGAGGUGUUGUUUGCCCGGCGAAACGAUGAGUCUCCCACCGUCCAGGGUCACGCUCUGUCCUGCCUGGCGCAGUGCUUAGAGCUGCCCUCACUCAAUGUGACCCGGGCCGUCCACGACCUCUUCUCUGCCACUGGAACUCAGACGGUGCUGGAGGAGGAGCUGACCGCAGGAACCUCUGGCUCCCAGAAGAGUUACCGAACUCUGCCCUUCAGGACGGUGGAGCUCAGCACUACCAGCAGCUCCAGCUGUGAGGCUAAAGAGAACCUGGCCCUUCUCCUGCGCCGUGUUGGUGACCCAAAGACAAACGUGAGGAAGGCGGCUCUGCAGGCUCUGGUGGGUCUCCUGAAGCACGGCGUUAUUCCUGCCACCUGGGAGAACCUGGAGAGUCUGUCGGAGCGCAGCAGAGACCCGGCCGUGUCCGUGAGGAAGAAGGCCUUGCAGUGCCUGGGGGAGCUGCUGGCUGCCAAACCGAGCUGCAGGGCGGUUCAGAAGGCGUGGCUGCACUGCGUGGUCCCAGCUGUCAUGGACACGGAGAGCUCUAUGCAGGAAAAGGCGCUGGAGCUCCUGGACCAGGUGCUGCUGAGUCAGGUGAAGCCUUACAAUGAGAGGAGUCUGCUGGACCACAGCCAGAGCCUGACCUGGGACCUGCUGGGCCUGCUGUGUGACGAGAGCCAGAACCUCAGUCGAUACUUCAGCCGGGCUUUCAGCAUCUGGUCCAAACAGAACAAAUUCAGCCCGGCCUUCAUCUCCAGCCUGGUCUCCCACACGCAGACGGACCACGCCGCAGGAGCCUGGCUGCUGCUCUCCAAGGCCGUCUCCUCAGUGUCCCGAGUCCCCCACGGCCAGAUCCUGGACGCCUGGGACACCAUGAUCAGAUCGGACAGCGUAAACGUGACCAGCUGCUGCCACAUCCUGUCUGUGGUCGGAGACGUUGCUGCUCACCUGAACGAGGACACCAAGGAGCGUAUCAUCGCCGACCUGAUGUCCCGGCUGAAGACUUUCCGCCUGCCCCUGGAGGUGAUCAGCGCCGCCAUGGACACGCUCUACCAGCUGGGUUGCAGUGAAGACGUCAGACUUACCCAGGCCUUCCUGAACCAGCACUGCGGUGAACUGGUGUCCAUCUGCGAGGCUUAUCUAGCUGGCAUCAUCCUGAACGAGAACAAAACUCAGGACCUGAACGAGGACCUGAUGAUCAAACACCUCCACACCCUUGGCGCAGCCUCCCUUCACUGUCCUGCCAAGGUCGGCAGAAGGACGGUGUUGCUGGUGGAAUCUGUCCUCACAUCCCCAUCCAAGAAGCUGGCAGAUGGUGAAGAGGAUCUGCCAACAUCUCAGCCUCUGACCCAGUUCAGGGACAAUGAGUUGCCGUCCAGCGUCAAAGCCCAUGGAGUCAUCACAUUAGGGAAGCUGUGUCUGCAGCAGGAGAAGCUUGCCCAGAGGUACCUGCCAGUGUUCGCCCGGGAGCUGGAGGUGGGCCCAGACGUGGCGGUCCGGAACAACGUGGCAGUGAUCAUGUGCGACCUGUGCGUCCGCUACACCAGCAUGGUGGACCUGUACAUCCCCAACGUGUCCGCCUGCCUGAGGGACAACUCCGCCGUGGUCAGGGAGAACGCCCUCAUCAUGCUAACCAACCUGUUGCAGGAGGAGUUUGUCAAAUGGAAAGGCUCCCUCUUUUUUCGCUUCAUGAUGGCACUGGUUGAUCCGGUUCCUGCCAUUGCCAGCCUGUGUGAGUACUGCCUCCUGCACCGGCUGCUGAAGAAGAACCCAGAGAUGUUCAGCCAGCACUUCAUCGAGUGCAUCUUCCACUUCAACUCCUACGACAAGCACACGUCCUACAACAAGUUCCCCCAGAGCGACAGAGAGAAGGCCCGGUUCUCCCUGAGGGGAGCUCAGAACAGGGAAAAGCGCUUUCGGAUUUACCGCUUCCUUCUGGAACACUUCACCGAUGCCCAGCGCUUCAACACCACCAACAAGAUCAGCCAGACAGUCUUAGCAUGCUUUGCAGAGGAGGAGCUGCCUCUAGAUUCAGAUGGAGCUGAGGUUCUGUCGGAGGCCUUCAACGUUUUGAGUCUGAAAGAGUUUAAGCUGCAGGCAGUGUCAGCACCAGCAGGGGGAGCUGAGGAGUCAGAGGAGGAGAACGUGGCCACCAUGACCAAGGUUGUCCUGCAGGUUGCCCAGAGGAAGGUGGUCUCUCAGGUCCAGAAGAAGGCCUUCAUAGAGAACACAGUUCCUCUGAUCAUCAGCCUGAAGAACCUUCUGGAGCAGAAACGCUCCCCUGUCCUUAAAGACCUCAUGGCCUACCUCCAGGUAACCAUGCAGGACUAUAGGAAUGAGGUGAAGGAGUUCUUCGCUGGAGAUGAGCAGCUGGCGGCUGAAGUGGAGUUUGCUCUGAAUACGGCAGAAAAGGAGAGAGAGAUGGCAGAGAAGAUGGAGAGCUGCAGCCUUACGGCGAACGGCCCAACGACCCUACCCAAGGGUUCAGAGCUCCUCUCUCCUGCCAGGAGACCCCUGCUGCCCUUCAACUUCACCACACCUCAGCCGCCUCCUCCAAGCUCCGGCCCAUCCAGACUGGCCCACACCGACCGCAGGCCUGUCCGCCCGUCCAGGAAGGAGGACCAUUGUCGCACUAAAUCGAUGACUCCUGACAAGACAGCCAUCGUUAGAGGAGGAGCUAAGGAUAGAGCCGUCAGCACUCCCAAAGGUUUUGAGAUCAGCCUGACGUUCAACGAAGGACUCAGCGCCAUCCUGAGUGACCCAGGAACCAGUUUCAGCGGAGAGUCCAGCAUCAGAUCAAAUGGACAACCAGCUCCUGGGCCAAGGCGCUGGAACGUUCUGUCCCCUCUCCGCCAGAAGAUGAAAUCUUCUUGAAUUUAGACGUUUGUCUUUCCCUGAUGUCCAUGGUUUCCUGUUGGUC